CGCGUUCGGUCGGGGCUCACGACAGUCGCGCAGCAAGAGCCAUUGCCCUCCGUGACUGCCAGCGAGCAACACGCGCGUGAAGCCAGCCAGCUGGCGGGAAGUUCAACGGCUAAAGCAGGUCAAGCUCUGGCAUACGAAACGCUAUUCAGCGUCGCCAAGGAAGUCUGUCUGGACACGCAUCCUCAGGCGGACAGUGACUUGUGGUUGGGGAAGAGCCAGCCAUUUGUGGAGUUCAGUGAAAAGAAUACGCAUCACCUCACCUGGCGACGUUCUACUCACCCCGGUUGGGGGACCUGCCCCUGGGCGAACUCCAGUGAGAGGCACGGGCCGGCGAGACCCGUGUCAGGUUCGCUUUCUUACUCUGCGGUGAGACGUCAGCUGCUUCAGCAGGCCUGCUGACAUCGGCCCACCAUGACGUCAUCCUGCUGCCGAGUGCUGGCGCUGUUGCUGUCACUGACGCUGGGCGCGGCGCUGGACGCCGCCGGCGCGCCGCGCCUCCUUAUCUUGCACCCGCUGUACGCCGGCAGCCAUGAGCGCGUGCUGCGUGGCCUGGGCGAGCGGCUGGUGGCCGAAGGCGGCUAUCACGUCACCCAGCUGCGCUGGCUCUCAGACAAAACACGCCCGGUCAACUCAUCCGUCGAGGUGAUGGACCUUCGGCUGGCGCCACCGCCGGCCGGCUCCCAGUUCUUCGACGCGGCCGGCGUGUACCGCGUGCCGACGUCGCUGCUGUGGCGCACCGGCGGCGGGCUGGGCCUGGUGGCGGCCGGCGCCCUUGAGCCGCUGUACGCGCACUGCGAGCGUCUGCUGUCAGAUCGCGACCUCUUCGAGAGCCUGCGUCGGCGCCGUUUCGACGCCGCGCUGGUCGACCUUAGCACCAACGAGUGUGGUCUCGUGCUGGCGCGCGCGCUUGGCUUGCCCGUGGUCGGCUUCUGCGGCAAGCGGUUCGUGGGCGCGGCGGCCCACGCCUCGCCGGCGCCAAGCCUGGCCGCAGUCUCGCCCACGUUCGCCUCGGGCCUGCCGCCAGCCAUGAACACCUGGCAACGGCUGCAGAACGCGGCGAUGGUGCUGGCACAGCAGCUGUUGCUGAGGCUGCACCUGCGCCGCGUGGACGCCAUCCGCGAGCGUCACUUCCCGCGCGUGCCGUCCGCCGAGCGCCUGCUCGGCGAGGUCGACCUAGUGCUGGUGCGGACCGACUUCCUGGCGGCGGAGCCGGCGCACCUGCCGCCGAACGUGCAGGCCGUUGGCUGCAUUCAGUGUCGGGAGGCGCGCCCGCUGUCGCCGCGGUUUGAGGCCUUCAUGGAGAGCGCCGGCGUCGACGGUGUCGUCGUCUUCAGUCUUGGAAUGACUGGAUACGACGCGGACACCGUGCCGCAGGAGCUCAUCGAGGUCUUCAUCAGCGCUUUUUCCAAGCUGAAGCAGAAGGUGGUAAUGCAAAUGAGCACCGCGCGCGUGCCGAACGCACCGGCGAACGUGCUGCUUGUAGACUGGCUGCCCCAGCUGGACGUGCUGGGUCACCGGCAGACGAGGCUGUUCGUCAGCCACUGCGGCAUGGGCGGCGUGCUCGAGGCGCUGUACCACGGCGUGCCGGUGCUCUGCGUACCCAUCUUCCUCGACCAGGGCGAGAACGCGGCGUUCCUGGAGUACCGCGGUCUCGGCCUGACGCUUGAUCGCCAUCGGCUGACCGAGCCGACGGUGACCGCUGCCCUGCGGCGACUGCUGACCUCGGACAGCUUCCGGCAGAAGGCGCAGUACCUGGCCGAGCUGCGCCGACUGGACCCUAACUCGGCCGCCGACCGCGCCAUCUACUGGAUAAACAUGGUGGUGCGCUUCGGCCGGCUCGACCAUCUUCGGAUGAUCGACGCACACCUUAGCUGGUUCCAGUAUUGGCUGAUUGACGUCGCCCUCGUGCUGGUUGUGAUCACAGUUGCGACAAUUACCGUCGUGUGGCGCUGUUGUGGAGCUUGUCUCCGCCGCAGCCGUCGGCAGCAAGUGGAUGCAAAUGCCGUAGGGAAGAUGUGACCCGACGUACUGUGAAUCUUCUCGGUGGUGUGGUGAUACAUUUACGGGCUGCUGUUGGUCUGUCAGUUUCCCCGUCUACAUGAGUCAACGAAACUGACGAUUGCGCGACGAUUACCGAGCACUCGUAUUUUAUACGGGUGUUAGCAACGCCGCGAUGACCAAAUAUCGCGUCGUGAAUUUACGAUGGCGGAAGUGGAAAUUUACGAUUUUCAUCAAGCUCUCACAAACAACGGUACGUAUUGCUGCCUCAUUAUGCACUUGCGAGAUCUUUGUUAACGGCUGAUUUAAAUCAAUAACAAGGUGAGAGAAUGCUAGGCAAACAUGUUCAUGAAAUGGGUAAAUUUAUUUAUUUCGGCUUCCGUUUUUACCUGAAAAUUCUGAGGAGAAACUGCAUUUUGCAGCUUGUGCCUAAUUUCAUCGCUAGUUUCGGCCGUUUCCUCACACGUAUCGGAUUUAUAUAUCUUUGGAAUUAUUUCAACAUGAAGCCAGACAGAAUAUAGCCGCAGAUAGCCCUCAGCAAUAAAUAUGUAUCACUUCUUGCUGGAACCACUGCUUGCGGACUCUCAGCAGUCUCCAUUCUUCUUCUCCAUAGAGUCAGCACGGAGCAGGUCCAGAACACA